AUGACAUCAUCAGCAACUUUUCGACCUUAUGAAGUUUUCAAUACCAACGAGAGUAGAAGUGAAAGUUCCUUUUGUUCAACUUUGAUCCCAAAUCAUUUCAAUUCUGAUUUUCUUCGUCAGGAAAAUUCUGCAAAACGAGUUGGCCAUGAUUACUUGACAGAUUCCGAUGAAGAAACAAGUUCUGAAGAUGAAAAUAAAAAGUUUGUUACCAAACCAUCAUCAAUGAAAUUCACUCGAAUUAUAAAGUCACCAGAAGAGUUGAAGAAGCAGCAAGAAGCUUAUAACAAAUGGUUGUUGAAAGUUAAAGAACGUGAAAAGGAACUCAAACGAAUAUCUCAAGAAAAGCAACAAGCACUGAUGGAAGCAUCUCGUAAGCUUGAAUUGGAAAAGAAGAUUCAAUCAGAAGAGAAAGUCAAAGAAUGGCUUGAAAUAAAGCGAAUGGAAGCUGAGAAUAAAAAAUUACAGCAAAAAAAGAACAAGGAAAAGGCGCAAGCAAAAAUUAAACCGAAGGAGUACAAAAUAGCCAUAAACUACAAUGACUGGAUCAACAGAAAGAAUGAAGAAUUUAUUGCCAUUAAAACGAUGAAAGAAAAGAAAGAAAAGGUCAUGAAAGAUUAUGAAACUACACGUAAAAGCAUAUCAGCUUCAAAAUUCCAAACUUGGUUACGCUCUUCAUCAUCUAAAUCUAAACCAGUUGCAUCCGUUCUUGGUUCUGAUGCUUCAUCUAUCGCUUCAAUAGCUGAAUCAUUAGAAUUGGUGACACUUUGA